UUGACAGAAAAUGCAAGAAGCAAAUCCCCCGAACGCGAGAUGAGGAUCGCGAACUCAAAGCUCUAAUUAAUCACGAAGAAUGCAGCAAUGUGGCGAACACGAUGCUCAAAUCAAUCGAAGAACAAGACCGAAGAGGCCGACGCGGGCAUUUCUCUCCCUUUUUCCAAUCACUAUCAGAUCUCGAAUAGAUGGGAGAUUAGUUCGUCGAUAAGGACCUUCUCGUUUGCAAGUGCAGUUGUAGGGUUAAUUCAGUAAUUAUGUUCUCCGUUUGAUCCUGAAUGAUGAGCCAAGGGAUAUCAUUCGAUUCUGAGGUGAGAGAUGCGGGAUUCGGAGCUCUUCGUCUGGCUUCUUCGAUCCUUCUUCCUCCCCUCUUGCUUCUGCGUUUAACUGCAUCGCGGCAAUUGGCGAGCAAGGUUAGGGUUUGUUUGCCCUUUUUCGUAUCCUUUGAUGAUUUCGGGAUGGAUGCACAAGCGGCAACAAGCCUUUGUUGGAAUGUGAUAUGGAAUUGGUUUAUUUUGCCAGACAUUUGGAAGUCUGAAUAACAUUAGAUUUGGAUAUUUUGACUGUCUCAACUCACCACUAUCCAGUAAGCACAGACGCUGUCGGAUUCUACCAUCAUCUCACGAUGUGGAGUUUUGCAUCACGUGCCAUUGCUGGAAAACUAGGCUCAAAGAAUUUCUGUUCAAGGAGUAGCAACCCAAAUCCUGAUCGUUCUGAUGAUGAGGUUUCUUCAUGCAUGAGGAAGGAAGAAGGUUUGGAAUGCCCAAUCUGCUGGGAGUCAUUUAACAUUGUUGAGAAUGUGCCUUACGUCUUAUGGUGUGGUCACACUCUAUGCAAGAGUUGUGUUAUGGGGCUUCAGUGGGCUGCAGUUAAAAUCCCAACCUUGCCAAUCCAGCUUCCCUUCUUCAUAUCCUGCCCAUGGUGUAAUCUCUCAUCUUUCCGGCUGGUCUACAAUGGUAAUCUCAUGUUUCCCCGGAAAAACUAUUUCUUGCUGUGGAUGGUUGAGAGCAUGAAUGGUGAUAGGCUGAAAUCUCAGUCCUCAAUCCAUGGGGAACGCCGACCUGUAUGGACUUCCAGUAGCAAUGUGAUGGGGGGAAGUCAUGCUUCUUACCAGCACAUCCAAAGAUCUCCACACACGCAUACAGAACACUCCAACUCUAGCCAAUUUCAUGUGCAUCUUGUAGGUAACUACUUCAGCACCGAGUGGAUUCAUGCUUCUUUCCGCAAGUCUCUGGCUUGUUUUAUACAAUUAACUGCCAAGUUCCCCCUUGUAAUAAUUUUCCUUCUCAUAGUCCUUUAUGCCAUUCCUGCCAGUGCUGUCAUCUUAGCCCUUUAUAUCCUAAUCACUGUCUUGUUUGGGUUGCCCUCCUUUUUGAUUCUAUACUUUGCAUACCCUGGCUUGGAUUGGCUUCUUAGAGAAAUAAUCACUUGACUGUUAUUCCUCUGAUCAACCCACACCACGACGACUCAAUUAUCGAAAGUUUAUUUAUCUGCUGUUGUGAUUCACACAACAGUCAUCUGGUGCUUGGUCUUUUGCUGAAUGUAUUGGCUUGCAACUUCUGCUGCACCUCAGGUUAGUCUACAAUGAGAAGUCUGACCUUGACAGCAAAUCUAUAUCACAGGCAGUAGCAGCACCAUCACAUUGCUGGACAUUUAAAUUUUCUACUUCAUGGUAGAGUCCCAAUUCUUGUUGACUUUAAUGCAUGAGUCAUUUCAUUAUGUCACUUGAUGUGCUAGUCUUCUUAUAUCAUCUCCAUUUUUGAGAUAUUUUGAACUUUAUUUUAUUAAUGACAUAUGAGACACAUUCGGUUCCUUUGUUUUCUUAUUACAUUAAGCGUGCUAUCAAUUCAUGGCAUUGCCUGUGUUUUGGCUUUUUAAUGGCCUUCUCAGAGCUCCUUGUAACUUUAAACUUGACAAUAGAAACUCUAUGUGGUAAUUCAAUUUCUUCACAUGUUAUUAGUAACACUUUUGAUGUA